AUGCAAGCCAACAGCAACCAGCAACGUCAGCAAGAUCAGGGAAUCCGAACCAACAGCAAGCCACCGCCGCGACGCGCGACGCCGCCGCUGCCAGAUAAUGAUUACAAGGUGGUGUACCGACCAAGAACCGGCAUGAAGCUAUCCAGCUGGCCGGAUGACAAGAUCACCGAGGGACUUGCAAGGAGCCUGUAUGCCUCGCUGCCUUCGCUUGUGUCCGAGUCGUUGCGAUGGGCCAGCCUGGUGUCCCUGGCAUUCGGCUGGACCGAGGUCGUGCACCGUCCUUUGCCCACCGCCACCAGGCGCACCAUGACAGUCAUGGACGGCGUGUUCACGCUCUUCAACGUGGGAUCAUCGGUGACCAUGAUACGGCAGGCCGUGUACAUGGUGCGGGAGAAAGAGAAUCUGUUCGACAUCUGCUCCGGCAUCACGAGGACCGCGGCUGCCAGCUUCGCCAGUGCAGUGGUCCUGGUGACACUGAGCUUGGUGGCGGCUUGGCGCAACAAGCGCGAACAGCCCUGCUCAGCCUACAUCUGGUGCGUACUGGGCCUCUUGGCUACAGCCGCAAUGAUUGACGCCGUAGCCUUGGAACAACACCUGUGGUCCAUGGAGAGGAUGGUCUUGUCUGACUUCAACUACCAACGUGGCGUAGUUCUAGCCGAGGUACUCGCCGUUUUCUUUCUUCUCGGCUCGUUUCUUUCAACUGGUCUUCGAGACCGCACCAUCUUCAAAAGCGACGAUCGAAAGUCUAAGGAGAGACUCCAUGACGACACGUCUUCACCGUUCGGCGUUUUUGUAUGCUGGCCACUACGCACCCACCUAGCCAACGUCGUGCUUCAUUCAAAGGUCGUCACGGAGGACGUACCACUGCUGCCCCACAGAUUCAAGUGCGGUCCACUGCUGCGGCAGCUCAGCAAUCGCCUCUCCGAAGGAUGCCUCUGCGGUCGCGAUUUAAUCCAGCAGCUGAGCAGCGCAGGUGCUCCGGUGGUUCGUUUUGUAGAAGACUCGGGGUCAACAAAAGCACCAAGCGAAUCCAGCGUAAACAGCAUAUUCAACGACUACCACGACGUGUUCUCCGUGGAACUGGGGCUAAUCAAGGAUCCUCCAGCCAGCCUGCACAUGAAGGAAGGCGCCGUACCCAAAUUCUGUCGGGAAUUUACCUUGGUGACUGACCACCAGCCGCUGCUGUGUCUGCUUACAUCAGACAAGCAGACGCCGACAAUGGCCACCGCACGGAUACAACGUUGGGCGCUCCACCUGGGGGUCUACCGAUACCGGCUACAGUACGCACCAGGACGACAGAUACUGAACGCUGACGCCCUUGCCGACUUCCGCAGCGAUCUCCGGAAUCUGACGACGACGCCUUUUUCGGACUGUAUCGACGUCGGAAAGUCUGCUCCUUGCCAGCCGCCGCGCAAGGUCUUGCCUCGCUAG